AACAAAAAAAGUUUUCUCAUGUACAACUUCAUAAAAUAAAUUAUAUUAAAUAAACAAUAACUGUUGGGGCAUAAUAUGAAUGACAAACACAAGAAAUAAGUCCAUAAGAUAUAGGAGCAUUAAGCUAUUUGUCCCAAAAAGGCUACUCCGCUAUUUCCUCGUGGCUGAUCUAUUUUCCCUUGCAGCCCCAAUCACUUACCUUCUCCCCAUAUCCCCUCAUGCCCUGACCAAUCAAGAAUCUAUCAACUUCUGUCUUAAAUAUACAUAAAGACUUGGCUCCACUACUGCCUGUGGCAACGAAUUCCUCAGUUCCACCACUCUCUAACGAAAGAAACUUCUCCUCAUCUCUGUUCUAAAAGGAUACCCCUCUAUUCUGAGGCUGUGUCCUCUUGUCCUAGACUCUCCCAUCAGAGGAAACAUCAUCUCCACAUCCACUCUAUCAAGGCCUUUCACCGCUUGAUAGGUUUCAAUGAGCUCACCCCUCAUUCUUCUGAAUUCCAGCGAAUACAAACCCAGAGCCAUCAAAUGCUCUUCACGUAACAAGUCAUUCAAUCCUGGAAUCAUUUUCCUGAACCUAUUAGGAACCCUCUCCAAUGUCAAUACAUCCUUUCUAAGAUAAGGGGCCCAAAUUGCUCACAAUACUCAGUGAGGCCUCACUAAUGCUUUAUAAAGCCUCCACAUUACAUCCUUGCUUUUAUAUUCUAGUCCUCUUGAAAUGAAUGCUAACAUCACAUUUGCCUCCCUCACCAGACUCAACCUGGAAAUUAACCUUUGGGGAAUCCUGCAUGAGGACUUCCAAGUCCCAUUGCACCUCAUGUUUUUGAACUUUCUCUCCAUUUAGAAAAUAGUCAACCCUUUCAUUUCUUCUACCAAAGUACAUGGCACUUCUCAACACUGCAUUCCGUCUGCUACUUUGCCUAAUCUCCUAAUCUGUCCAAGUCCUUCUGUAGCCUUUCUAUUUCCUCAAAACUACCAGCCCCUCCACCUAUCUUCACUAGUCUACAAACUUUGCAACAAAGACAUCAAUUCCAUCAUCCAAAUCAUAAAUAACAUAAAAAGAAUCAGUUCCAACCAAGACUCCUGUGGAACACCACUUGUCACUGGCAGCUAACCUGACUUUGCCUCUAGCUGAUUCCCACUCUUUACCUCCUGCCAAUCAGCCACUGCACUAUCACUUCUAGAAUCUUUCUUGUAAUACCCUGGGCUCAACUUGCUAAGCAGCCUCAUGUAUGGCACCUUAGAGGCCUUCUGAAAGUCCAAGUGCACAACAUCUACCAAUUCUCCUAUGUCUAAAUUGCUUUUUAUUUCUUCAAAUAAUUCCAGCAGAUUUGUCAGGCAAGAUUUUCCCUUGAGGGAACCAUGUGGAUGGACUACAGGCUAUUUUAUCAUGUGCCUCCAAAUACCCUGAAACUACAUCCUUAACAAUUGACUCCAACAUCUUCAAAACCAGAGGUCAGACUAAUUAGCCUACAAUUUCCUUUCUUCUGCCUCUCUCCCUUCUUGAACAGUGGAGCACCAUUUGCAAAUUUCCAGUCUUCCAAAACCUAGUGAUUUUUGAAAGAUCAUGACGAAUGCCUCCAAAAUCACUUCAGCCACCUCUUUCAGAACCUUGGGGUUCACAGCAUCUGGUCCAGGUGAAUUAUCCACUUUCAAUUAUCCACUUUUAAGACCUUUGUUGCCCCAAUAACCUUCUCCCUAGUAAUGGCAAUUUCAUACACUUCUGACCAAUGAGACCCUUGAACUUCCAGCAUACUGCUAGAGUCUUCUACACUGAAGACUGAAGCAAAAUAGUUAUUCAGUUCAUCCAUCAUUUCCUUGUCCCCUAUGACUACCUCUCCAGCAUUGUUUUCUAGUGAUUCAAAAUCCACUCUCGCCUUUCUUCUGCACUUUAAUUAUCCGAAGAAACAUUUGGUAUCCUCUUUAAUAUUAUUGGCUAGCUUACUUUUGUAUUUUAUUUUUUUCUUUUUAAGUGGCUUUUUAGCUGCCUUUUGUUAGUUUUUAAAAAGCUUCCUAAUCCCUCUAACUUCCCAGCAAAUAUUGCUCUAUUAUAUGCCCUCCCAUUUGCUUUUAUGUUGGUUUUGAACAUAGAAAUCUUCAGCACAUUAUGGGCUCUUUAGCCCACAAUGUUGUGGCGACCAUGCAACCUACUCUAGGAACGGCCUAGAAUUACCCUACUGCAUAGCCCUCUAUUUUUUGAAGCUCCAUAUACCUGUCCAUGAGUCUCUUAAAAAACUCUAUUGUAACCGCCUCCACCACUGUCACCAGCAAUGCCUUCCAUGCACCUACCACUCUGUAUGAAAAACUUAGCUCUGACAUCCCUUCUGUACCUAAUUCCAAGCUUCUUAAAGCUAUGCCCCCUUGAGUUAGCCAUUUCAGCCCUGGGAACAGCCUCUGGCUAUCCACACAAUCAAUGCCUCUCAUCAUCUUAUACUAUCAGGUCAUCUCUCAUCCACUGUUGCUCCAAGGUGAAAAGGCCAAGUUCACUCAACCUAUUCUUACAAGGCACACUCUCCAAUCCAGACAACAUCCUCGUAAAUCUCCUCCACACUCUUUCUAUAGUAUCCACGUCCUUCCUGUAGUGCGGUGACCAGAACUAAACACAGGGGUCUGACCAAGGUUUUAUAUAGCUGUAACAUUACCUCAUGGCUCUUGAACUCAAUAUCACACUAUGCACCUUCUUAAAUUCACUGUCAACCCACACAGUGGCUCUGAAUGUCCUAUGGAUGCAGACUCCAAGAUCUCUCUGAUCAUCAACACUGCUAAGAGUCUUACCACUAAUACUAUAUUCUAUCUUCAAAUUUGACCCACCAAAAUGAACCACUUCACACUUUUCUGAGUUGAAGUCCAUCUGCCACUUCUUGGCUCAGUUCUGUAUCCCAUCAAUGUUAUAGGCAAUAGACAAUAGACAGUAGGUGCAGGAGUAGGCCAUUCGGCCCUUCUAGCCAGCACCACCAUUCACUGUGAUCAUGGCUGAUUAUACUGUGGUGAACUACAUAUACCUGUCUGGACACGCCCCCCCCUCCCUGCUGACUGCUCCUGUGCCUCCUCCCACGGACCCCGGUAUAAAGGCAAUUGGAGGCACAGUCCCGGCCUCAGUCUCCAGGAUGCAGUGUGCUGCUUGUUCAUUCUUCCAGCCAAUAAAAGCCUAUAUCUUGCCUCACGUCUCCGAGAAUUAUUGAUGGUGCAUCAAUUUUAUUGGCUGGAAGUUUUAAAACAUGGAGAGUAUUUUACGUCUGGACAAAGUAGACUUGGAUCCUCAAGCUCCAGAAGCAGCUCUUGCCUUUGAACUCUGGCUUACAUGCUUCCAAUCAUACUUGGAAGUGAUUCCUGUGACUGAGCCUGCCACAAUGCACAAAAUCCUCCUUUCCAGAGUCAGUCUGAAAGUAUUCUCCCUUAUCAGGGACCUGCCAACCUACCAAGGGGCACUGGACGCCCUCAAAAGACAGUACCUGCGGCCGGUGAACACAGUCUAUGCAAGACAUCGCUUAGUGACGCAGCAGCUGCGAACCAACGAGUCGAGCGGGAAGUUUCUCCAAGCCCUAUAGACACUCGUGUGGGCCUGCGACUGCAAGGGACUGAUGGCGGAACAGCAUGUGGAGCUCCUGGUAUGAGACGCCUUCAUUACGGGGAUCAGGUCAGUGUACGUGCGCCAGCGGCUGCUGGAAAAUGCUGAUCUUACUUUACGCUCAGCGACUGAGGUGGCUGACACGCUGGAGGUUGCUCUGCACAACACUGACGUUAUCCAGCUGCGUGAUCCCCCGCUGGUUCCGUGGACACUGCAGACCCCGCCACCUGCGAGCGAAUCGACCACCGCUGCUGCCACUCGUGAGUCCACGAGCUCCCCAAAACCGACCACAGCUGCUGCCAGUCACAAGUCUGCGCAGUGUUACUUCUGCGGACAUGAAAAGCACCCCCGAAAACGCUGCCCGGCCCAAGAAGCUACCUGCUCCAGCUGCGGAAAGAAGGGCCAUUUCACCAAGGAAGUCUGCCACUGGGACCACCCUACCGGCUUGGCUGACAUCCUCAGGGCCAGUGCUGCUCCGGAAACAUGCGCAGAGCAAUAAAUACUCCCCACUGGUCGAGAGGGUUCACCUACUACAUGCAAACCCCCAGUAUGCCUACGUGGUCUUACCUGGCACCCGCAGGAGCAGCAGACCACUACCCCGAACACUCCACGGUAACUAUGAACCCUGUACCCGAGGUGACACCGCGCACACCAAGCCUUACACAGACUCCUCACGACACUCCCAUACCAGGCACCUCGCACACGCAUAUACCAGGCGCCUUGCACACUCGAGGGAUCACUGAUGCCUCGUGGGCUGACACCUCCAGUCAGGCUGGAACCAGCACAACCACGGUCUCUGGUGCAAUCACCACUGGCACCUGUGCAACCACAGCCGGUGCUACAUAGAUCGCAGUGACAGAUUCAACCACCUGAUAGACUUAACAUGUAAAUAUACUUGUAAGAAACUUCGCCCCAUGGGGACUCUCUUUUAAAACAAGGGGGGGGGUGUGAAUGUGGUGAACUACAUAUACCUGUCUGGACACGCCCCCCUGCUGACUGCUCCUGUGGCUCCUCCCACAGAUCCUGGUGUAAAGGCAAUUGGAGGCACAGCCCCGGCCUCAGUCUCCAGAAUGUUGUGUAGUGGUCACUUGCUGCUUGUUCUUUCUUCCAGCCAAUGAAAGCCUAUAUCUUGCCUCACGUCUCCGAGAGUUAUUGAUGGUGCAUCACAUACACAAUCAGUACCCUGUUCCUGCCUUCUCCCCAUAUCCCUCGACCCCGCUAUCUAUAAGAGCUCUAUCUAAUUCUCUCUUGAAUGCAUACAGAGACUUGGCCUCCACUGCCUUCUGGGGCAGAGCAUUCCACAUAUCCACCACUCUCUGGGUGAAAAAGUUUUACCGCAUCUCUGUUCUAAAUGGCCUACCCCUUAUUCUUAAACUGUGGCCUCUAGUUCUGGACUCACCCAUCAGCGGGAACAUGCUUCCUGCCUCCAGCAUGUCCAAUCCCUUAAUAAUCUUAUAUAUUUCAAUCAGAUCCCCUCUUAUCCUUCUAAAUUCCAGUGUAUACAAGCCCAGUCGCUCCAAUCUUUCAACAUAUGACAGUCUCGCCAUUCCGGGAAUUAACCUUGUGAACCUACGCUGCACUCCCUCAAUAGCAAGAAUGUCCUUCCUCAAAUUUGGAGACCAAAACUGCACACAAUACUCCAGGUGGGGUCUCACCAGGGCCCUGUACAGCUGCAGAAGGACCUCUUUACUCCUAGACUCAAUUCAUCUUGUUAUAAAGGCCAGCAUGCCAUUAGCUUUCUUCACUGACUGCUGUACCUGCAUGCUUGCUUUCAUUGACUGAUGUACAAGAACACCUAGAUCUCGUUGUACUUCCCCUUUUCCUAACUUGGCUCCAUUUAGAUAGUAAUCUGCCUUCCUGUUCUUGCCACCAAAGUGGAUAACCUCACAUUUAUCCACAUUAAACUGCAUCUGCCAUACAUUUGCCCACUCACCCAACCUGUCCAAGUCACCCUGCAUUCUCAUAACACCUUCCUGACAUUUCACACUGCCACCCAGCUUUGUGUCAUCAGCAAAUUUGCUAAUGUUACUUUUAAUCCCUUCAUCUAAAUCAUUAAUGUAUAUUGUAAAGAGCUGCGGUCCCAGCACCGAACCUUGUGGUACCCCACUGGUCACAACCUGCCAUUCCGAAAGGGACCCGUUAAUCGCUACUCUGUUUCCUGUCAGCCAGCCAAUUUUCAAUCCAUGUCAGUAUUUUGCGCCCCCAAUACCAUGUGCCCUAAUUUUGCCCACUAAUCUCCUAUGUGGGACUUUAUCAAAAGCUUUCUGGAAGUCCAGGUACACUACAUCCACUGGAUCUCCCUUGUCCAUUUUCAUAGUUCUGCUGAAACCUCAGACAGCCCUCCAGACUAUCCACAACACCCCCAACCUUUGCCAUCAGAAAACUUACUAACCCACCCUUCUAC